CACGCCUUGACGAAGCCGCAAUGGUGUCGAGGGCAUACACUGACUAUGCUAUGGCAGUUAUGUAACGGAUUGUUUCUUUUGCUUGCGUACAUUUAAACCACCAAGAGUCAGGCUACAACACCCCACACACAAUUCCUUUGCCGAUUGCAUUCAAUCGCGAAAUGGGUUACGCAGUGAAGCGAACAGGUGUAAGCAAUUUGCAGUUUUUAGCAAUAUUACAGUUCGCCUGGCGCCGCUAAUAAUCGAACUACCGGAUUACCUCCCAUAACGCUUGCGCCUAGAAGCUGUUAUACUUACUUACGGUUGUCGCAAAGGCUAGUAUUGUGGAAGCGUCGUCAAUAACGGGCCGGCGAAACGCCUGCAGUACGUCGCGUAGAGCAUUGCAGCAGCCAUGCUGGAGUUGGCGCAGCAGGCGCUCGCGCGCCUGUCUCUUCAUCCUCUUUAUGGCGGUGGUUUCUGGGUCGCAAUGACGCAGCUUACAGUCUUUUACUACAUCGCUGGUGCUAUCCUGCAUUUCGUCGUUCCUCGCUUCGUCAGUGUUAAAAACAUUCAGGUCCAGUCUCGGAAGCAGGGUGAAGUCCAAAGAGAUGCCAUAUACAGCCUCGGUAAGCCUGGAUGCCUGAAGAUAUCACUGCUGGCAGUAACGGUUCACCAUGCCACCAUAACCAACUCGCCUUCCCUGCGCGUAUUCAGCUGCUACCCCACCCUCCUUCCUGAACUCCCUCCCCACUCUCCACCACCUCAGCUCAUCGCAGCGAUUAUCACUGCCACCAAUACGCCUGAAGCGCGAGGCCUUUCUAUCCGCACGUUCCCAACCCUGCCUCCCUCCCUGCCUCCCCCCCUCCUAUAUCAUUAUCACACCACACUUUGGAAUUUCUUUUUUCCCCUCCUGCUGCCCUCCCCCACCACAGGGCCCCUAGCUGUCAAGGCUGCCGUGUGGACGGUAGUGGAGCAGCUGCACAGUCGGGGCUGGGGCCUCACGUACGGGGGCCCGGUGAGGGGACUGCCGCAGCUGGCCUACUGCCUGCUGUGCGUGUGCCUGCUGGACUUCCUGCACGACGGCUGGUUCUACUGGACACACCGGCUGCUGCACUGGGGGCCGCUGUACAGGCACGUGCACUACAUACACCACAAGUCCAAGGCUCCCUCCGCCUUCACCGGCUACUCCUUCCACCUGGCUGAGGCGCUGCUGGUGUUCGCCAACGAGGUGCUGGUGUGCUGGCUGCUGCCACUGCACAUGGGGCUACACCGCACCUACCACCUCCUCACAACACUCAUACACGAGGGUGGCCAUGCUGGCUACGAGCUCGCCCCCUUCAUCCCCACCCUGGAGGGUCUCAUCACGCUGCUGCUGCGCGGCGUGCGGCCCUGCGCCGCCCUGAACACCGUGCAGCACCACGACCUGCACCACCGCUACCCCACCCGCCACUUCUCACUCUACUUCACACACUGGGACCGGUGGUGCGGCUCGCUGCACCCGGCCUACUACAAGGACCUCUUUUCGUACUUUUGAAAAACUGGUGGUGGUGAACAGCUGGGGUGGUGAAUAGCCGGGGUGUGCCGUGCGUUGUGUGCCCCAAGGAACGAGGAACCGGGCUGUGUGUCCGAUGUGCGGCCGCCCCUUAUCGGGGCGGUUGACACAGGUCAUGGGAUGUGUUGGAGCAGAGGGGGGGGAGCAUGAUGGGGGGUGAUGAGGAAGACGGGGGCGUUAGCGGCUUAGCUCUUGGGCGUAUAUAGAGGCUCUAGAGGAUUGUGUACGGGGUAUAUGCCCUGCACAGGAUUGCAUGGAGGGGUGGUGACAGGCAAUAGGGACAGUUCGCACGUGACUCAAAGUCGUGGCAUGUGGGUGCGGGGGUUGUGGUGGUGUGACCUCCAUUUGGCGGCCGUUUGGUGGCGUUGUGCGGCUAGCCGUGCUGUGUGUCUGAUACGAGAGCGGUAAGGCUGCUUCAGAGCGACAUUGGGUCGCCUCAGAUGCCGGGUGCGUGAGGGUGCGCGCGAGGGAGAGGACACGAGGAGGGUUGAGAGGGGAACAGAGCCUUAGCUGUGAGCCGUGCCGUGUAGGAGCAGGGCUUCGCGAAAGCAUAGAUGAAGAGAGGAAUCGAGAGUGCGUGUGGAGGGGCGUUGUGGGGUUGGCUCGUGGCUGUGCAGCUAAUCGUGGUAUGAUGAGCUGCUAGGGGAGCGCACGCAGGAGGGGUGCAAAGGGGUGCAUAGAUCGCCGCACCAGGUGAGUUAUGCUGGCUUUCCGUCUUCCCGCGAACGAAACAGCGAAAUAGCCCAGCGGCUCAUGGCGCUGCUGCUGCUGACAGUGGUACGGUGGCACCUGGCUGUUGUGCCGCCCUGUUGGGAAGCUGGCGACGUCCUGGCAUAUCGGUAUGACGGGUGGGAUGCAUGACCCGGACGUGCAACGCCUUCAUCGGUUGUGGGAAUGGGUGUAUGCGUGUAUCAGUUAGGGGCAAGUAGGAGUUCCGCAGAGUCGCUUUGACGCGCCCUGCUGAUGUUGAGUGUCGGGUGGUGGUGGCAGCGGCUUGUGGCCACGUCCGCGGACGUUCUCCACUUCUGGGGCGGCUGACUAUGAAGGUGACGCGACACCGCCAGAGCUGCUGUGAGCAUACCCUACGAUUCCAAAUGACACACACUGAUUUAUGUCGCGGAGAUUCCGAGGACCGUAUCCUCUCUCGGGUAAUACCCCGAGGUCUAGUCCCAUGUCUUUUGAGACGACGGUGGUUCACGCGUCAUCCUGCCCGGACUGCCUUGAGCGUAUCUACUGCUCCCCAGCGACCCACGGGUCCCGGGGGUCCUCCAUUUCCCCCCUCGAACCUGAAAAUUGUAAGCCCCGUUACAGAC